CACAACCGUCAUCGUCCCCAAUCUUCUCCCUCCUCCUCCUCCUCUCUCCUCUCUCCCGAAGCAACCCUAACCCUAACCCUAACCCUAAGCGAUCGCCAAAUGGGGACGGAGGUCACCUCGGCGGCGGCGGAGAUCGGGGAGCCGCUGCUUCCUUCUCCCGGGGCGGCGGCGGCGGCGGCGGAGGAGGAGGAGAUCCCGCCGUGGAGGGAGCAGAUCACGAUCAGGGGGUUGGUGGUGAGCGCGAUGCUGGGGACGCUCUUUUGUGUCAUCACGCACAAGCUCAAUCUCACCGUGGGGAUCAUCCCCUCUCUCAAUGUCGCCGCGGGGCUCCUCGGGUUCUUCCUUGUGAAGAGCUGGACGGGGUUCGUGGAGAGGAUAGGGUUCGUGACGAAGCCCUUCACGAAGCAGGAGAACACGGUGAUCCAGACGUGCGUGGUCGCGUGCUAUGGGUUGGCUUUUAGCGGGGGCUUUGGGUCGUAUAUGCUUUCGAUGGAUCAGAGAACGUAUGAACUUAUCGGACCAGAUUAUCCGGGCAACAGGGCGGAAGAUGUUAAAAAUCCUUCCUUGGGUUGGAUGAUUGGUUUCAUGUUCGUCGUUAGCUUCCUUGGGCUCUUUAGUCUCGUCGCACUACGGAAGGUGAUGGUUAUUGAUUAUAAGCUUACAUAUCCAAGUGGGACAGCAACGGCCCUGCUUAUAAACAGCUUUCAUACUAAUACUGGAGCUGAGCUUGCCAGAAAGCAAGUUCAUUGCCUUGGUAAGUAUCUGAGCAUUAGCUUCUUGUGGAGUUGCUUCAAGUGGUUCUUUAGUGGUGUUGGGGAUUCUUGUGGCUUCGACAACUUUCCUACACUAGGCCUUGAAGCAUUUAAGAACACGUUCUAUUUUGACUUCAGUCCCACUUAUCUUGGAUGCGGUCUUAUAUGCCCUCAUAUUGUUAAUUGCUCUGUUCUUUUGGGAGCCAUUAUAUCGUGGGGUAUUCUCUGGCCAUUCAUCACCGCACGUGCAGGCGAUUGGUAUCCUGAUAACCUCGGAAGCAAUGACUUCAGAGGUCUCUAUGGGUACAAGGUUUUUAUAGCCAUAUCUCUAAUACUUGGGGACGGCCUUUACAACUUGAUUAAGAUAAUUCUGAUCACUGGAAAGGAGGUAAUGAACGCGCGCUCAAAGCAGGACGCUCUUCCGAUUGUCGCAACAUCUGCAAAAGCUGAGGAGAGCUCUGAUCAGUUGCCGAACGAGGAAAAGCUCCGAAACGAAAUCUUCGUGAAAGACAGCAUACCUUCCUGGCUCGCGGCCUCCGGCUACGUCGCACUCGCAGCAAUAUCCACAGCGACCAUACCGACAAUCUUCCCGCAGGUCAAGUGGUACCUCGUUCUCGCGUGCUACGUCGUGGCCCCCGCCCUCGCCUUCUGCAACUCCUACGGCACAGGCCUCACCGACUGGAACUUGGCCUCCACCUACGGCAAGAUCGGCCUCUUCAUAUUCGCUUCCUUAGUCGGCAAGAACGGCGGCGUCAUUGCCGGGCUCGCCGCUUGCGGCGUGAUGAUGUCCAUCGUGUCCACCGCCGCCGACCUCAUGCAGGACUUCAAGACGGGGUACCUCACUUUCUCGUCUCCGCGGUCGAUGUUCGUGUCGCAGCUGGCGGGGACGGCGCUCGGCUGCCUGAUCGCGCCGCUGACGUUCUGGCUCUUCUGGACCGCCUUCGACAUCGGCGCCCCCGACGGCGUGUACAAGGCGCCCUACGCCGUCAUCUACCGCGAGAUGGCCAUACUCGGCAUCGAGGGCUUCUCGGCGCUCCCCAAGCACUGCCUCGCGAUCUGCGCUGGCUUCUUCGUCGCGGCAUUGGCGGUCAACCUCUUGAGGGACGUCGCGCCGAAGAACGUGUCGAAGUUCAUUCCGAUACCGAUGGCGGUGGCGAUUCCCUUCUACAUCGGGGCGUACUUCGCGAUCGACAUGUUCGUCGGGACGGUGAUAUUGUUCAUGUGGGAGCGCGUGAACCCUAAGGAGGCCGACGAGUACGCCGGUGCCGUCGCCUCCGGCUUGAUCUGCGGCGACGGGAUCUGGACCGUUCCUUCUGCCAUAUUAUCGAUCUUUCGGAUCAACCCGCCGAUCUGCAUGUACUUUGCUCCUUCGGUUUCCCGCUAAAAAGAUGGAGAAAGCAAACUAAACUCUCUAUUUAGAGUACAGAUACAAUGCUUCUAGAAGUAAACGGAGGCGUUUACUUUCGUGUUAUUCUCGGCGAUGGGGCAUUUGAAUUGACGAUCGGCACCGUUAAACAUGAUUCAGACUAUUUAAACUUUAUAAGACUCAAAUUUUGUAUUUUUCCGACAUUGUUUGCCCCGCGAUCAAACAGUCUCAAAUUCAGUCAUUAAAAGUAGUCAAUUUUAAGACUACUUGAAUUCGGGCCACUUAUGUUGAAAAAUUAUAAAAUUUGAAAUAUAAAAUAUUAAAAUAGUUACGGUAUAGAUUGUCAAUUCAGAUGUAUGUCAUAUUGCCGGAAAUGAUGUGAAAGUAAACAAGUAUUUUAGUGGGGUUUCUCUAUUUUGCGGUUCUUGUUGUAUCAUUAUUAUAGCUAUUUUGUAAAUAUAAUAAUAUUAUAUUAUAUAUAAACUAUAGAAACUAUAUAUUAGACGUGAACUAAGAUUUAUUUGUUUGCUAAAUUACGUAAACUCUUCUAUGUCCA